AUGGGCUACGCCGGCGACGACUCCAAAUACUGCUGCGGGCCGGUAGUGAUCAACAACGGUUCACUCGGAUGCAAGGUCGGGGACCCUUUCCAGAUAGACAAAGGCUCGGUUUUAUUAGGUGUGGCAGCGCUGGCCGGAUACUCAAACUCGACCUCGACCUCGACCUCAACAUCAAACAAUUGCACCCCAGCGGACGAUUCGUCGGACAAGGAUUGCCCUACAGCGGAGCCAUCCACAUCCCACGACGUGGCCAUCGGCGCCGGCGUCGGAGUACCGCUGGGAGUCAUCGCUCUGGCCUCCAUUGUAUGGGCACUGUGGGAGCGCCGGCAGCGGAAACAAGCUUUGCAGAGUAUAUCGGCGCCUGUGGCCGUAGGCCACCCAAAUAUAGGCUACAACCCUUCACAGGGUGUGUAUCGACGGCCGCCGGUUGAAUUGUCAACAGCGCCUGUGUCGGAGUUGGAUGGGAGCGGGAACGGGGAGAUGAAAUAG